CAUUGGCGAGUGUAGAUUACAAAGGGGUUCUUCUCGGAACAGAGUAGUGUCAGCAGUUUUGUAUGGGAGUCAAACUUGGUCUCUCAUAUUAAGGGAACAACAUUCAUCACUUCGUACUCCGUGUCAUUUAACUUGGCGUCUAACAGAAGGCAUGGAGAAGGGACUUGAUAUUCUGGCGCCAGUUUCAAGCGUCGGUGACCUGCUCGAGUAUCUGAAGUGUCCUCGUUGCUCAGAGCGCAUGGAACAGCCCAUCGCCUUCUGUAAGAACGGACACAACAUUUGCGGUGCCUGCAAGGAUGCCAUGGGAAAAUGCCCCAUUUGCGGACAUCCUUUUACUGGGACAACGAACAUCGGCCUGGAGAACGUGUCCGUCUGGUCCGGCGUCGCCUGCCCCAACGUCGACCUGGGCUGCAAGAUCGUGUGCCCGUCUGAGCUGAUGACCGAUCACAUUGCCACCUGCACGUACAAGAAAGCAACUUGUCCACUGGACAAAUUAUUGUCCAUUGUUUGUCCGUGGGAAGGACUUCUCAAAGACAUGGCAGCCCACUGCAGAGAAUCGCACCAGAGUCGUUUUCGGGAAGGUUCAGUUUUCAAAUCUUCAUCCAUUAACGACGCUGUGAAUAUUAUACUAAAUGAUGACGAAAUAUUUAUAUACCACAAACUAUUCAAGGGAGGUAAAUUAUACUGUGCAGUAGAGAAAGUUGGUAUCUCGCAAACGCCGUAUUCGGCCACCUUCAUUCUGGAUACAUUAAGUGGGCUGGACAGAAUCGCGUUAAAUCAAGUAGUUAACGUCGUUUCCGAAAACACAGACGUUCCGCUAAAAUCUGGGAAAUUUCUUAAACUCAAUGAUAAACUUCUAAAAAGAUUUAUAUGUGAUGGAAAACUUGCUUUACAGGUGGUGAUAUCAGAAGUAAAUUUAGAGACCUAAUUUGUAUUUUUCCACUAAAAUAAUGAAAAUGUUUAACCUCAAAAAUGUUAAUACCAAAAUGAUUAUCGAAUUAUUAUAAAUGACUAAUUAUUAAUAAAAUUUGUGCCUUAUUUAAUCACA